GUAUCCGAUGUAUAUUUUCAUUACCACGCGGUACGGUAUCAAUUGGAUGAAGGAUGGAUACUGGAACAACUUUUUCUGUUGCCAAGGAAAUCUGUCCGAAAUGUGGCACAGUUUUACCUUUUCCAAAGCGUGGCACAUUAGACGUCUUUUGUAAAAUUUGUGACUUUAAAACUAAUGCUACAGAUACAUGGAAAGAUGUUGUUUAUUACUCUCAUCGAACUGUGAAUGAGCGCAAGCAAGGGAAAAAGAGAAAAGAACCACGCGCUGAAGAUCUAGGACCUGUGGUUGAUCGAGCAUGUGUUUACUGCGGCCAUGAUGGUCUUCACUUUCAUACUAGUCAGACAAGAUCAGCCGAUGAAGGACAAACAAUCUUCUACUUCUGUCCAAGUUGCAAAAAACAAGAGAUUGAGUACACCUGAUGUCCGUUGAUGUUGCUAUUUACCUGUGAACUGCUAAAAGUGCUGAUAUUUAUGAACUGAAAAUAAAUGAUAUAACCUCUGGGUGAUAUGUGCCAGCCUUCAGCACCGUUAGAGCCAAUAUUCCACAGCCACUCUGAACAACUACCUGCUCAAGAGCUUAUCUCCUCUUACAGGUCCUGACCGUCCUCGAUUCUCAACUAGAAUGCAACAAUCUGAUCUUACAUGUACCGAUAGUCUUAAAAUAUGUACCCUUAGGAAUGAUGAAUAGGUUUCCUCCAUCAUUGUUUAUAGGAUUCAUGCAACAAUAUUUUGCCGACUGUUACAAUGUAGUAUGCUUUCAUUGUUUUUUUCAAGAAAAGUUGAAUGACCAUUAUUUCACAAAAAUUUGCAAUAUAAAUUCUUAUUGUUUCAUUAAAUUUAAAGGAUAUGUAUUCAGAUUAUCAUUAUGUACAGAGGCCUAUGGCAGGAAAUUAACUUUUUGCGAUAAUUCCUUGUUGUCCAACUUCAGUCUUACCUUAAGGCUAUUUGCAUAUAUAUAUUUUAGGAAACUGUUUCUAGUGGAAAGAGCUAACUGGUAUCUCCAUGCUUUUGAUUUACAAGAGAAAGCAGACCAAGAGGCAUUGUCAAGAACUUAAUUCAAUCUCGUAUCAAGCACAAGUUCUAUGAUCAAUUGCAAAUUCAUUGUUGAUUUACAUCCAAUUGCAGUUUUCCAUCAGCGACCCAUAAUGCUUUCAAUUAUUUUUGGACUAACUCUCCAUUUAAAUAUGUAAUGAUACAUAUAUGAAAUAUGGAAUUUUGGUAUGAUAUAAAGUGCAGAGGAAGUAUAUGGACUAGUGUCAGGCACAAACUCAAUCUAUGGAAGAGGAAGGGGAACAUGUCUUGGAGCUUCUCUGAAUAUGAAUUGGCAUCAUCGAUAUCAAUAGCUGGAUAGAGCUUUAACACUCUCUAUUGAGACCAUGAAAAGUACUCCAAAAGGUUAAGUGCUCACAAGUUCCACACUUUUCUCUAGUGUGUGUGUGCGUUGUUUCUUACACAUUGGUAUGGCCCCAUUCCUGCUAAGUAUUGUCAUGUGCAGUUGAAUAUACAUUGCAUUUCACAAAAAAGGAAACGUGUUUUCAGAGAUAGAUUUCACAUUUAUUAAAAAUGUUUUGAUACUCAUGGUAAGAUUGGAAUCUCAUCUCUAAUUUGAAACCAACAGCUUAGCAAAUCAUUCAUUUAUGGCAGAAAACAAACAAUAAAUAUGGAGACAUAUCAGAAACGAUUUGCGCAUUAACUCACGUGUAAAUCUGAAUCCACUCUCAUUUGAGGGAUUAGUGAGAGAAUCUCAACAAAGAAUACAAAAGAAAUGCUAAUGAGCCCAUCGUCAAAUAAGCAUGAUUGUCGUGUAACAAACCAAUCUUGUCCAAUUUUUAAUGAUGAAUAAUCAUUCCAAAGGCCUGAGAGUGAACAAUAAUUUUUACCAUUCUAAAUGUUCAUUAUUGAUAUUUGAAUAUGCUUCAUUAUGGAUAUUUGAAUAUGCUUAUAAAGCCCAUCAAUGUGAAAUGUCAAUUUCAGUGUACUGACGAUAGAUGGCUUUGGCAAUAUGAUUCUCACAAACUGAAGACCAGCACGGGAUGAGCAUGUCUUUGCGAAACCAAGGCAAAGGGAAGUGUUCACCGAUUUCCUAGACAAAAUACAUGUAUAUAGUAUGACAA